AUGCUCACCGUCGCCCGGCUGCCUCACAACGACGUCUCCCCGCACCUCUCCGACAAGAACGCCUUCGAAUGCCGAACCUGCCCCUAUCAAUACGUGCUCGACAAGCGGUACUACGAGCGCAAGACCAUGAAGCGGAAGGAGGUCGAGGAUGUCAUGGGCGGGGCGGAUACGUGGAAGAAUGCUGACAAGACCGAGGUGCAAUGCCCGAACGAGAAGUGCGAGGGAAGUGAGGCGUACUUCUAUCAGCUGCAGAUUCGAAGCGCGGAUGAGCCUAUGACUUCGUUCUUUAGGUGUACGACGUGUGCAAAGCAGUGGAGAGAGUAG